CUGAGUUGACCGCAGCCCUCUCGGCCGCCCAGGCUGACCGGUAGCAACAUGGGCAAGUAUUUCAACAAGGCUCUCAAGGCUAUCAUGAAAUCAAGGCGGGUACAGCUACCCAAGUAUGACUGGCCCAUACGUUUCCGACCGUGGUUCCUCCUGUUCACCUUCAUCAUCAUGAUUUUACUUGCAAUCUUCGGAUUCACUGACAUUCCCCGUUCGCUACCGUUGCGCAACAAGCUCCUUCACUUUGUCUGCUUCUGCCUUGCAACUGGAGUCUUCUACUUCAUAUUCGACGCAGAAGAGGAUGCAAGACGCAUCUGGUUUUGGCGUCAUUCUGGCCUCAUAUUCACUGCAAUCACCUGUUUCUUCUUCGGCGGCGUCAUCAGUGAGGUCGUACAAUCGCUGCUACCUCACAAACAAUUUGACUUCGGUGACGUAGUGGCGAACAUAUCAGGAUCGGCGAUCGGUCUCUUUGUAGCAUAUUAUCUUGAAAGAUACUAUCGCACUCGUAGAGAGCCUGGUUCAUCUAAAUCUAAAUCACAGGAAUCUAGACGACUGGGAGAUGUCUGGGACGAGCGGGAAGAGCUGUUUGGAAUAGGGCACGAUGAUGGUGACUCUGACGGUGGAAGCGAUGCUCCAUCACUGCCUUCGCAAACUCCGCGUUAUCCUCAACGCAGCCAUAUGCCCCUAAGCACCACCAUUAUAGAGUCGUGA